GUGACUACCUAGCGGAGAGGGCGAUCCUGUGAAGUGACACAAACGUUUUCAAGACAUCGGGACAACUUUCAGACAGAGAAGAGGCUCUUCAAGACGUCAAAAUGUCCAGUAAACCGCAAAAGAUGCCCAAGGUGGCUAAGGUCAAGGACAAAUCUCCAGCCGAGCUGCAGAUUACAGCUGAACAGCUGCUGCGCGAGGCCAAGGAACGAGAGUUGGAGAUUGUGCCACCUCCACCCCGACAGAAAAUAUCUGACCCAGAGGAAUUGCAGGAAUACCGGCUCAAGAAGCGCCGUGCCUUUGAAGACAACAUACGCAAGAACCGCGGCAACAUAUCAAACUGGAUUAAAUAUGCCAAGUGGGAGGAAGAACAGCAGGAAAUACGUCGUGCUCGGUCAGUGUACGAGCGAGCAUUGGAUGUGGACCAUCGCAACAUUACCUUGUGGCUCAAGUAUGCCGAGAUGGAGAUGCGGAGUCGCCAGGUUAACCAUUCCCGCAAUGUAUGGGAUCGGGCAGUCACCAUCCUGCCACGGGCCAACCAGUUUUGGUACAAGUACACUUACAUGGAGGAGAUGCUCAAGAACAUUGCAGGUGCCAGGCAGGUGUUUGAACGUUGGAUGGAGUGGGAACCAGAUGAGCAAGCAUGGCUCACAUACAUCAAGUUCGAGAUGCGCUACAAGGAGCUGGACCGUGCCAGACAAAUCUAUGAGCGCUUUGUCCUAGUACACCCAGAACCCAAGAACUGGAUACGCUAUGCACGUUUUGAGGAGACUCACGGCUACAUCCAAGGUGCACGUCGUGUCUUAGAACGUGCUGUGCAGUUCUUUGGGGAUGAACACUUUGAUGAAGGUCUGUACAUUGCCUUUGCCAAAUUUGAGGAGGGUCAGAGGGAACAUGAGCGAGCAAGAGCAGUGUACCGCUAUGCCCUGGACCACAUGCCCCGGGAACGCUGUCUGGUGCUCUAUAACGAAUACACACGGCACGAGAAGAAGCAUGGUGACCGUUCCUCCAUUGAUGCCGUCAUCACCAGCAAGCGCAAGUUCCAGUAUGAGGAAGCAGUACAGGCCAACCCUCAUGACUAUGAUGCCUGGUUUGACUACGUCCGCAUGCUGGAGGCUGAUGGUGAUGCAGAUCUAGUGAGGGAGGUCUAUGAGCGUGCCAUUGCCUGCGUCCCACCAAUCAAGGAGAAGAGACAUUGGCGUCGAUACAUUUACCUGUGGAUCUACUAUGCGGUGUAUGAGGAGCUCACCACCAAGGACAUAGAACGUGCCCGCCAGGUGUAUCAGAUGUGCCUUCGUCUGAUUCCCCACAAAGUGUUCACCUUUGCUGAGAUUUGGCUGCUCUACAGCAAGUUUGAGAUCAGGCAAAAGGAUCUUUCUGCAGCCAGGAAAGCUCUGGGUCAAGCAAUUGGCAUGUGCCCAAAACACAAGCUGUUCAGAGGCUACAUCGACUUAGAGAUCAAGCUUCGUGAGUUUGAUCGAUGUCGGAAGUUGUACGAGAAGUGGGCAGAGUUUGAUCCUGAAAACUGUAAGAUGUGGAUCCAGUUUGCCACACUGGAGGCAAUGCUGAAUGACUCUGAAAGGGCACGAGGCAUCUAUGAGCUGGCCAUAUGUCAGCCACGGCUUGACAUGCCAGAGUACAUGUGGAAGUCCUACAUUGACUUUGAGGUGGAGCAGGAAGAGUGGGAGCGAGUAAAGACACUGUAUGAGCGGUUGCUGGAGCGCACACACCAUGUCAAAGUUUGGAUAAGCUAUGCUCGUUGUCAGCAUGCUGCACCACCACCAGAGGAAGGACUGGCACAGGCACGGACAGUCUUUCAGCGGGCUAACCGUGCUCUUCGCUCAUGUCAGGAGAAGGAACAACGCCUCAUGCUGCUAGAGGCAUGGCGUGACUUUGAAGAUGAAUUUGGAGAUGAUAUCAGCUUGGAGAAGGUUAAGCAUUUGCUGCCCAGGAAGGUGACACGGCGGCGGCAAGUGGCAGCCGAUGAUGGUUCAAAGAUGCGUUGGGAAGAAUAUGUUGACUUUGUCUUUCCUGAUGAUGAGACUGCCAAGCCCUCUCUUCUCCUAUUAGCAAAGGCAAAGGAAUGGGCAAAACAACAGCGGAAACAAGAAGAGCCAGAGGAGAGUCACACGCCACCACUUCAGCAGGAUGAUACUGCUGCGCCACAACCACACACAAAUCAUGCUGAGGCUCAGGAAGAGGAGGAGGAACCAGACCGUGAUCUUGACCGUGAUGACAGUGAGGUGGAUGUAGGUUCAAGCAGUGAUUCAUCCAGUAGUGAUGCAGAGGAUAAGAGGAUAACCAAAAGAAAAAGAAGGCAAAUGUCAUAUUCUUCAAGUUCUAGUGAGGAGGAGGAGGAGGAGGAAGAACAAAGAAGUGCUAAGGAACAGAAGAACAGACCCAAGAAGCAACAGAAAGAAAACACCCCCUCAAGGUCUUCCAGUGAGGAGAGAGAUUCCAGUUCAGAAAAUAAAAGAAAAAAGGCAAAGGAUUUCUUUGCAUAGUAUUGUAUAGAUAUUUAGGGAAAUAUGGAAUGAGGAUACUGGAAAAGGAUAUUGAAGUAAGGAAAUGUAAAAUACCUCUUUGAAUAGGAUUGUGAGAGAACAUCAAGAGCUAUAAAGUGUAAAUGCAUACAUUUGAUUUGCUUGAAAACCACACAUUUCAUGAACACUUACAGUAUGUGCAUAAUAUUGCACUAGGAAUCUUCUGGGGAAAACUUCUGGAUAUCCAUCAGAUUUAUGGGAGGUUGUACCAUUCUCUGCCUUUUUUUUUACCAUUCUCUGCCUUUUUUUUAAUAAUAUAAUUAUGUUGACUGACUUUUAUAAGCAUUAGGUUAGGAUUAAUAAUAUUGGAAAGACAAGAUUUUAAAUUUGAUGUCCUGACAAUAUAUGAUGUGGUUGGAAGGUUAUUGAAUUGAACAAGUGUUGAUGGUGUUGAAGGGGAGGUAGUGAUAGAUGAAUCUUGAAUACAAUUGUUUGCUAAU